AUGAUGUUGUCCAGAGCCGUGAGACCAGCCCUCAGCGCCGGCAAUGCCGCCUUCGCCAGAGCGGCGGCGCCCCAGGUUGCUGGCUAUGCUACCUUGCGAGAAAUCGAGAGUCGGUUGAAGUCGAUCCGCAACAUCGAAAAAAUCACAAAGACCAUGAAAAUCGUCGCCUCCACAAAACUCACCCGCGCUCAAAAGGCCAUGACCGACUCGCGAACCUACGGUCAGACAUCCAAUCAAGUUUUCGAGGAGGCCGAGACGAAGCCGUUGCCGGAGAAGAAGUCCCUACUGGUUGUUGCGAGCUCCGACAAGGGUCUCUGUGGCGGUAUUCACUCCGGGUUGUCGCGUUAUGCUCGCCGACUCCUAGAGACUGAUGCCAGCCUGGACAUUGCGGUGAUUGGAGAGAAGUCCAAGGCCCAAAUCGGGCGGUCCAAUGGCAGCAACGUGGUCUUGAGCUUCUCCGGCGUGGGAAGAGAUGUUCCCACAUUCGCCGACGCGCAGGCUAUUGCAGACCAGCUGGUUUUGCUGCCGGAGGAGUAUGCGAGCAUCAAGAUCCUAUACAACAAGUUCAUCAACGCCACAAGCUACGAACCAGUUAUCAUCGAGGCAUACUCGGAAGAGGCCAUCACCGAAUCACCCAACUUCGCUGCGUUCGAGAUUGAUGACGAGGUCCUUGCCAACCUUCGCGAGUACACUCUGGCCAACUCCCUUUACUGGGCUCUUGCUGAAGGACACGCUUGUGAGCAAUCUGCGAGACGAAACGCCAUGGAUAACGCUUCCAAGAACGCUGGUGACAUGAUCAACAAGUACUCUAUUCUGUACAACAGAACCCGACAGGCCGUCAUCACGGGAGAGUUGGUGGAAAUUAUUACCGGUGCCACCGCCUCCGAAGAUAUGUAG